AUGGGCAAAAAAUCCCAAGCGGCCACCUCACAAGACAUGCAGGACAUUGGAGUGCUGCUACAACGCACACCAAGGCCCAGGGAGCAGGAUCAGACUGAAACAGGGGCCCAGGACCUUAAAGAGACAGGAGGGGUGAGUGACACCACACAAGGGCCACCUCCAACAGGGCUCCAGACAACGCAAACCUCGAAUAGCCAGGACCCUGCGACUAAGCAGGACAUCGACAACCUUUUUAACCGCAUCCAACAACAGAAGUGCAGGCGCUAA